AUGGCUUCCACGUUCAAGCUACCCUCUAUAAUCCCUCAGGACCUGCAACUCAUACAUAACCUAGUUGGAGAGAUCGCUAGCCCUCCUUCAAGAAGCCAACCACCUCCAUCCACGCAGCAGGACGACGACAUACAGAGCUCCGAUGACGAUAGUGACAGUGAGCGAGAGGUGGAGGCGGGAAUUUUGAAAGGUCUUGAAGACGAUGAAGCCGGACCUACCACUGGGAAUUCGCCUUCCGAGUCUAUGAGCUCAGACUCAGAUUCCUCUUCUGACGCAGACUCUGAAGGCGAGGCGGAGCCAGAAGAGGCAAGACCUUCUAAGCUUGACGAGGUUGACCUGGAUGAAGAGGAAGCCGGGCAAGCUGUUACAUCCGAAACUCAAGUCCGAACAAAAAACGAGAUAGCAGAAGCCCAAAUAACAAUCCCUGACAUAGAAGAGAUCGGUUUUCAUGAAAAGCUCGAGAAGGUGGGAGAGGUUAUGAGCAUUGUUGAUAAAGUGGUGAUCGUCAAAGGGUGCGCAUCAGAAUUCGCAAAUAGGGCCUCUGAGAGGGCGCUUGAUUCGGACACUCUUCUUGUUUUCGAAGACAGGAAGGUCCUUGGCUACAUUUAUGAGACAUUCGGUCCAACGACCCAGCCGCUUUAUCAGAUAAAGUUCACCCAACAGUACCCCCUCGACCCGGAGAAAGUGCGACUGUCCCGCCCAGUAUUUCAUGUACCCGAGCGCAGCAACUUCAUAUUCGUCCGGCAACUGCAGCGUCUCAAGGGGAGCGAUGCUAGUAAUGUCCAUGAUGAGGAACCCGCUGACGACGAACUGGAGUUUUCUGACGAUGAGGCGGAAGCUGCUUAUAAGCGAGCUGCUACGAAAAGACGCGAACAAUCCCGGGCGCGAUCAGUUGUGUCCUCCAGGCAAGCAACUCCGAGCCCAGCACAAAUGCGAGACCAAGAUAUGGUUGAUGAGCUGUACGGAGAAAGUCCCUACGAUCAGCCAGGUCCAUACAACGAUAUAGACCUCGGUGUGGGGCCUUCACGCGCCCUUCCUAUCCCAUACGACGACCCUUAUUCCGACAAUUAUGCCGUUCCUGAUACACGACUACCUCCCAGUCCCACUGAGUUCCAAGACGUGAAUCAGAGCUAUCCAACUGGAAGUCAUUCAGAUGACGUGCGUGGUCAUGGACGCGGGCGAGGGAGGGGAGGAACAUCUGGUAGGUAUAAUGAUCGUGCCCGUGGUCGCGGACGCGAUCGACGACGGCAUGAUCGUGGUCGUGCCCGUGGCCGCGGACGCGACGAUAGAUCAUAUGCGAGCAGCGGCAGUCGACCGUCGAUACCACAGCCCGAAAGAUAUGGUUCGUAUAUUCCACGUCCAUUGUCCCCAACAUCGUUAGCCAUUGCUCGAGCAACUGGGCAGUACCCCGACGGACAUCCUAUGUCAAGUACUGAACGUGAAUCCCCCGCAUUGUCCUUCGAUGGUGCAGGCGGACAGGGAUACUCACAGCCUUCGCAACAGCAGUUCAUGUUUGGCUUCCAAAAUCAAUAUGUACAACCUCAUAUCAACCCGCGUUUUGCGUCAAGUUUUGGAAUGCACCUUGGCUUCCAACAAGAGACGCAUCAAGCGGCAUAUAGCUAUGGAGAAACGGGAUAUGGUGGAGGAGCUGAUCACUUUGCUGCGUCAUGGCGUCCUGAUUGGAAUGUAAAUCAAUCAGGAUAUGACAAUGCUAGUACUAUGGGCCCUCCUGAAUCGCGCUAA